AUGACGGGGGUGACCCUCGAGAGCUGCCAGGACCUCAUCCAGCAGUUCGAGCCCUGCCCCGAGAACAAGAGCAAGGGGCUGCUGGGCAUCGACGGCUUCACCAACUACAUGCGCAGCCCGGCCGGCGACAUCUUCAACCCCGCGCACCACGGCGUGCACCAGGACAUGACGCGGCCGCUGAGCCACUACUUCAUCACCUCCUCCCACAACACGUACCUCGUGGGCGACCAGCUCAUGUCCCAGUCGCGGGCGGACAUGUACGCCUGGGUGCUGCAGGCCGGCUGCCGCUGCGUGGAGGUGGACUGUUGGGACGGGCCGGACGGGGAGCCGAUCGUGCACCACGGCUACACCCUCACCUCCAAGAUCCUCUUCAAAGACGUCGUCGAGACCAUCAACAAGCACGCCUUUGCCAAGAACGAGUACCCGGUGAUCCUGUCCAUCGAGAACCACUGCAGCGUGGCCCAGCAGAAGAAGAUGGCCCAGUACCUGACCGACAUCCUCGGCCACAAGCUGGACCUGUCGUCCGUGGGCAGCGAGGACGCCUCCAGCCUGCCCUCCCCCCACAUGCUCAAGGGCAAGAUCCUGGUGAAGGGCAAGAAGCUGCCCCCCAACAUCAGCGAGGACGCGGAGGAGGGCGAGGUGUCCGACGAGGACAGCGCGGACGAGAUGGACGAGGACUGCAAGCUGCUCAACGGGGAUGCCUCCGCUAACAGGAAGCGGGUGGAGCACAUCGCCAAGAGGAAGCUGGACUCGCUGAUCAAGGAGGCGAAGAUCCGCGACUGCGAGGACCUGAACGACCUCACCGUGUCGGCGCUGCCGCUGCCCCGGAGGCCCCGGGCGGGGGGCCGGAGGGCUGAGGAGGACGUGGAGUCCGGGGAGGACGCCGGAGCCAGCAGACGGAACAGCCGGCUGCUCGUGCACAGCCUCUCCAAGCGCAAGAAGAGGAGCAGCAAACUGAAGAAGGUGGCCAGCGUGGAGGAGGCGGACGAGGACCUGGACCCGCAGGGCAGCCAGAACCGAGGGGCCGCCCGGCAGAGGAAGACCAUGCAGCUGUCACGGGCCCUGUCGGACCUGGUCAAGUACACCAAGUCCGUGGGCUCCCACGACGUGGACACGGAGGUGGCGUCCAGCUGGCAGGUGUCCUCCUUCAGCGAGACGCGGGCCCAGCAGCUCCUGCAGCAGAAGCCGGCCCAGUACCUGCGCUUCAACCAGCGCCAGCUGUCCCGCAUCUACCCCUCAUCCUACCGCGUGGACUCGAGCAACUACAACCCCCAGCCCUUCUGGAACGCCGGCUGCCACAUGGUCGCCCUGAACUACCAGUCGGAGGGGCGGAUGCUGCAGUUGAACCGCGCCAAGUUCAGCGCCAACGGCAACUGCGGCUACGUGCUCAAGCCACAGUGCAUGUGCCAGGGCACCUUCAACCCCAACUCCGAGGACCCCCUGCCCGGGCAGCUCAAGAAGCAGCUGGUGCUGCGGAUCAUCAGCGGGCAGCAGCUCCCCAAGCCACGCGACUCGAUGCUGGGGGACCGCGGGGAGAUCAUCGACCCCUUCGUGGAGGUGGAGGUCAUCGGGCUUCCGGUGGACUGCAGCAAGGAGCAGACCCGCGUGGUGGACGACAACGGGUUCAACCCCAUGUGGGAGGAGACCAUGGUGUUCGUGGUGCACAUGCCCGACCUCGCCCUCGUGCGCUUCCUCGUCUGGGACCACGACCCCAUCGGCCGUGACUUCAUCGGCCAGAGGACCCUGGCCUUCAGCAGCAUGAUGCCAGGCUAUCGGCACGUGUACCUGGAGGGCAUGGAGGAGGCCUCCAUCUUUGUCCACGUGGCCAUCAGCGACGUCAGUGGUAAGGUCAAGCAGGCUCUGGGCCUAAAGGGUCUGUUCCUGCGAGGCCCAAAGCCCGGCUCCCUGGACAGUCAUGCUGCUGGGCGGCCCGCGCCCCGGCCCUCCGUCAGCCAGCGGCUGCUGCGGCGCACGGCCAGCGCCCCCGCCAAGAGCCAGAAGCCCGGCCCCAAGGCCUCCCCUGAGCCAGCCCGGGGCACGCCGGACGCGGGCUCCGCGGGCGAGGGCCUGGACGUGGCACCUCCCAGCCCCGGCCCGGCCCCCGAGGCCCCGGCCCGGGAGGAGCCGGGAGGCCCCAGCCCCCGAGAUCCCCGCCCCUUCUCCAUGCAGAGGUCGGUCUCCUUGCUGUGCAGCCUGGCGACCAUUGCCGAGGAGCCAGCGCUGGGCCCCGGGCCCCCGCCUCAGCCGGCCACCCCGCCAAGCCCCGCCCAGGGGGGGCCCUGGUGCGCCACGGGCCCCGCAGCCACGGCUGAGCGCCCCCCAGGGGUGCCCCUCCGGCUCAGGACCCGGAGCCAGGGGGACACAGAGCCGGCCCCCCACAGCAGGAGGCAGGCGUGCCGUGGUGGGGGCCCCAGCGGAGCGUGUGAGGGGGUGCCCGGCGGCCAGAUGGACGGCAGGGGCGCCCCCCGGGGCCCGGGCCACCUGCCCUCGGUCAGGAGGGCCAAGAGUGAGGGGCAGGUGCCCUCGGAGCCCCCGGGCGAACGCCGGGCCCCGGCCGGGCCCUCCCCAGCCCUGUACUCGGACGCCACGGCCGGAGACCGGCUCUGGCAGCGGCCGGAGCCCGGCGGCCACUGCGACAGCGUGUCCUCAUCCUCCAGCCUGUCGUCCGGAGACACGGUCAUCGACCUCUCGCUGCCGCGCCUGGGCCUGGGCCUGGGCCUGGGGCGGGAGAGCCUGCUGGGGGCCCCGGCCGCCUGCCGGCCCCUGCGGCCCUGCCCGGCCUCGGCCGCUCGCCCGGACUUCCUGUCGGCGACCAAGAGCAGAUCCAGCCCCAACCUGCGGGCGGCGGGCCCGUUCCCCGUGGCCCCCGACGCGCUGCGGCCCCGGCCCCCGGCCCCCCAGGCUCCCCUCAGGGACGGCCCCGUGUCCGCCAAGUCCAAGAGCCUGGGGGACCUGACGGCCGCCGACUUCGCCCCCCGGGUCCAGGGCCCGGGCAGGAGCCUGGGCCGCGGCCUAUGCCCGGCCGGGGAGGGGCGGGCGGGGCGGGCGGCCCGGGGGGACCCCCUGACGGAGCAGCUGCUCUGGCUCACGGGCUUCCAGCAGGCGGGGGACGUCACCUCGCCCACCAGCCUGGGCCCGGCUGGGGAGGGGGCGGCGGGCGGCCCCGGCUUCCGGCGCCGCUCCUCCCGCAGCCAGAGCCGCGUGCGCGCCAUCGCCAGCCGCGCGCGCCAGGCCCAGGAGCGGCAGCGGCGACGGCAGGGCCCGUGGGGGCCUCGCGAGGAGGAGCGGGGUGCCCCUGAGGGUGCCUGCUCUGCGGGCCCGGAGGGCUGCGGGGACGUGGCCGCCCCCGAGGGCGCUGCCGGCAUCCUGCUCAGACUGUGA